CCUUUACAUUUGGGCCUUGGAUAGGAUCCAGCAAGUCAGUCAUUCCACCAAGCCCUCGUUGCAUUUCCAAAACUCCGAUCACAUUCUGCAAAAUCGCCGUCGAUCUCCGCCCCCUUAUCGCCGUAACAAUGUUCCGACACGGUUCUCGAUUCCUGACCAGAGCCACCACCACAAUGAAGUGGCGCCGCCCAUUUUCAACCGAUCUGCCUGCGGAGUCCGUUGCAGAUUCCAACUUCAUCGAAGCUUGGAGGAAAGUAGUUCCAAAUGUGGAACCACCUAAAACUCCAUCUGCAUUCAUGGCUGCGAGGCCCGCUACACCGUCGUCGAUUCCGUCUAAGCUCACUGUCAACUUUGUCCUUCCUUACUCCUCUGAACUCUCUGGUAAAGAGGUUGACAUGGUUAUAAUCCCUGCAACUACGGGACAGAUGGGUGUUUUACCUGGACAUGUAGCGACGAUUGCUGAGCUGAAGCCUGGUGUCUUAUCCGUUCAUGAAGGCAACGAUGUGACCAAGUACUUUGUGAGUGGUGGAUUUGCAUUUGUUCAUGCAAAUUCUUUUGCUGAUAUAAUUGCUGUUGAAGCUGUACCACUUGACCGCAUCGAUGCCAAUUUGGUUCAAAAGGGCCUCGCUGAGUUUACACAGAAGCUAGGCACUGCCUCAACUGACGUAGAAAAAGCUGAAGCCCAGAUUGGAGUUGAUGUACACAGUGCCCUUAAUGCUGCUCUCACUGGUUAAGCAACAAGCAGGGAUACAAUCUUUGUCCUUGUUCAAUUUUCUUUUUUCCUUUGUGUCUGCUUGAUCGACUUCUUCAGCCUUUUGCAUAAGCUGAUUUCCGACAUAUAUUGUCUUGUUCAAGUAUAUGUGGAAUACCUAUUUUAAGUCAUCACUUUAAAUAAAUGUUGCGUUAAGCUUUCCUUUUCAGCUGUAUGCUAAACUGCAGUAAUGAGAAAUAGAUUGUUUAAAAGCAAUUGUGCAGUCGUCUCAUGCUA